CGCCCAUAUUACCACCCCAUCUCCUCGCUCGACAAGCUGCAGCCGCUUCUUCCAACCGUCCACCAACUCCCAUCCUUCCCAACCCUGGGGACACAAUUUGAAUCUCAGCGUAUUAACGCACUCAAUCACGGAAACUUUACCCUGUUUGUUGCGGCUAUCAAAAAGGCCAACACAAGUAGCGAGUGAUCAAACUCGCUCGCGAGCAUCACCGGUUCCCUGUGUUCCGCGUUUGCCUCCGCAGCCUCAUAUCGUCAUUGUCAUCAUCGUCCAUCAGCUUACCUGCCCAUAUCGACACCGGAAAAGCCGGUGUCUCAACAAUAGCCCAACUAGUGACCAUAGCUACUGGUUAUCGGCACCAUGGAAUCCCAGUGCAAUACAGAGGGUCCCCAACCCACCAUGGUCACCUGCAAGGUGACCAUCGACGGCGCUGCUCGCCGUUUCAAGUUGCCGCUUAGCGAUGUGGGCAUAAAUGUGCUCGAGGGCAAGAUGCGUACGGCGCUAGACAUCCCUGAUGAUAAGGACGCCCUCAUCGAGCGGUGGUCCGACUCGCUUCAAGGCUACAUGGUGUUAAACCAAGCCAACGUACCGGCGUACAAGCAGCUCAAGCGCGCUGCUAAGGCGAAGUUGAAGCUGAAGUUCCGCGUCACGACGACGCCCAAGGAAAGCCAGACUGAAGAGGAGACGGAGCCCGAGUCGACUCAGGCUACGAACGAACCCGAGGAAGAGACCCGCACCAGUGCUGAGCCCACUGAUAUCGAGCGGGAAGCCGCGCCAACCAGCGACUCGAACUCGACGAAUGUACCUACCACAUCUGAGGGCAUCAGCGCUAAGGAUGCACCCAAGACCACCGUCGACAAUGAAUCGACGACUACAGAGCAAGAGCUACUUUGUCAACUGGACAAUCUGUUGGCGGUCAAUUCCCCGCUGACAAUGCGCGAUGCACACUGUGCGCCGGUCUGGACUGUGCCCGGCCCCGUGGCCCGUGUCAACUACAGUGUCUGCUGCAACAGCUGCGACCGCACCAUUCCCAACGCUCAUUACCAUUGCUCCACCUGUGACGACGGUGACUUCGACCUAUGCCAGGAUUGUGUCGACCGGGGUGUCACAUGCAAGGGACCGAACCACUGGCUGAUCAAGCGUUUCGUCCAGAAUGGUGUAAUCAUCAAUAGCACAACCGAUCGCCUGGCGCCAAAACCGAAGCCCGAGCCUCAGACCGACAACGUCUCGACUCCAGCCCCGCCUGCUCGGGAGAUAAUGGGCCGUACGCUCCUCGACGGGCCUCUGGCGUUCCGCGCCAGCAUCCGUACAUGCAACUGCUGCGUCACGGAGUUCCCCGACGCCGAGUUUGUCCACUGCAAGGACUGCCCUGACUAUGAUCUCUGCAAGGCCUGCUUCGCUAAGGACCGCCAUGGCCACCACCCCGGGCAUACCUUUGUGCCAGUUGUCGAGUCCAGCACGUUGGAGGCAGAGGUCGUCCGCCGUCUCUCCGCUGGCCGUGGACAACCGCACCCCGUCAUCUGCGACGGUUGCGAUAAACGAGUCGAGGGCGUGCGCCAUAAGUGCCUGAACUGCCCUGACUGGGAUUACUGCUCUGGCUGCGUGGUGAAUGCUCCUUACAUCCACCCUGGCCAUCGUUUCGCACCGAUCUAUGAGCCGCUGGGUAAUGCAGCCCGCAUGAACGUCGUCCAUCCUCACAUUUACUGCGACGGCCCGUUGUGCACGAACCGCCGCAGCACCUCUGGGUCGAACUACAUUAUCGGUGACCGCUACAAAUGUGCCGUUUGCGACGACACCGAUUUCUGCGCCUCCUGCGAGGCGAGCCCCGCGAAUACCCAUAACCGCACUCACCCCUUGAUCAAGUUCAAGACUCCGGUGCGCCACGUGAACGUGACGACUACUGGUGAGAACGAGAAUGGCCGGCCUAUGCCCAUCAUGGGUGACCGUUUACGCCGGCCUCGUCCGGCUGCUCCCACGCGCCGGGACAGCGAGCGGUCUUCAUUUUUGAUUGGCGAGGUUAAGACGGUCGUCAACCAAGAGCCGGUCGAGCCCGCCAAGACUGAGAGGACGGUCGAGCCUGCCAAGAUUGAGACGGCAAUCAAGCGUCUCAGUGAAAUGAUGCAGGACUCGAUGAUUGGUACCUCAAAGCCCGCUACAACCGAUGCUCUCGUUGCCACGUUUGUGCGAGACGAAGUCCCUGACGGAACCGUCUUUGCGCCUGGUGACGUGUUCGAGCAGUGUUGGUUCCUUCGCAACGAUGGCAAUGUCGCGUGGCCGGCUGGUUGCUUCAUCAAGUUUGUUGGUGGAGAUUACAUGGGUCAGCUUGAUUCUGAGCACCCGGCCGCCUCAAAGGAUCUGGACUCAUCGUGCGAAUCUGCCCUCUGCCACAAGCCCGUUCAGCCCGGCGAGGAGUUCAGAUUCAACGUGGUCUUGCGAGCCCCUCGCCGCAGCGGCCGCUUCGUGUCAAAUUGGCGUUUGACUACCAAGGAUGGCUUCCGGUUCGGCCAUCGUCUCUGGUGCGACAUUGUCGUCGAGGAGUCGCAGCCCGUUCCCCGGCCGCCGGCGGCUGAGGAACCCGUGAAGCAGCAGGAGAACGAGGCAAAGGUCAUCAAGCCUGAGCCCGAGCUUCGGCCUGAGCACAGCCUGAUGAUCUUUCCCAAGCUCGACAAAGAAUCGCCCGUCGCCAGCGUGCACGAGGAGAUCAAGGCUGAGCCGAUUUCUGACCAGGCUGUCGAGCCUGAGGCCGACGGUGUGGGCGUGGACGAGCAUUCUGAGGACUUCGAGGACUGCGAGGACCCUGAGUGGGAGGAAGACGACAUUGACGAAAGCGGCUUCUCGACUGACGAGGAGUACGACGUCCUUACUGCCUCCGAUGACGAAUUCGUGGGUAAUAGCGUGGCCCGGAAAUAAGGAGUCAGCCAAGGUAUGACGGAGGCAUGCUGCUUCGCGGUUUUCUGCAUCUGGCCUUGCGUGAGCGGGUAAUUUAGGGAUAGGGAUUGGGGCAAAAGGAUUCUUUGGCUUGGGUUCGUGGGCAUGG